UUUAUUAAUACUUAGCCACUGACUCAUAAUUCCCAAACACUAGUCGUCUUUACCACAUUCUCACUGACAAAGAUUUCUCAUUAUUAUUUAAUAAAGUCUCUAACCCCUUUUGUGUCACUCACUUUCCGGCGUCUCCAUGAUCUGAGAAUUGCCUGAAAAUCACAGGAACAGUGAUAAAAAGAUGGGCUUCAAUUUGAUCCUAUGGUGUCAUCCCAAUCUGCUUCUCACUGUUUUGGUGCUCUUUUCCUGUUCCUUCGGCGUUUUCUCUGCAAAUGGUGAAGUGGGCACUGGUAAAGGUGAAACCUUUACUGUUUCAAGCUUCAGAUACCCUGAGACUAGGCUCAGGCCCUUUGAUUUGCGCUAUAUCAGAGUUGACUUGCCGCCAUGGUUUUCUGCACUGUCUAUUGCAUUGAACUCAGAUGUAGACCUUGAUGUUUCAAGAACUGAAAGGGUUCCAAUGAGCACAUUGCCAAUAAUAUGCUUUAGAGAUGGAAGUCCUCCACUGCCGGAUGCCUUAAACACAUCUCUGAAAGAUUCAGCCGUCUCUGGGAUAAAUGGUUUAGAUGUGGAGCAGUGCUUUCCUAUGCAGAAAAACAUCACUAUGAAACUGACAAACAAUCAGAUAUCUCCGGGUGUUUGGUACAUUGGUCUUUUCAAUGGCAUUGGACCUACAAGGACACAAUCAAAGAUGAUUAUACGGGGUCCAUCGUACUUCUUCAUUGCCAAUAUAAGUGUGGAAGCAUGCACAGAUUCAAUGAUGAGCGGGGAUUUCUGCAACAGUACAGUUUAUCCACUUUCAUGCACAGCAUCGCAGUCGGACUUCUCUAAUUCUUUGGAGGCUAAAGUGAACAUGUCAGUGUUUGAAAAUUUGGUGACCUGCAAAAGUAAUUUUGAAACUUUUUGUGUUCAUGAAGGUGUACCAAACUUCUUCUCCCUGGAUAUAAUGAAUGUGGCAGAAGAAAUCGUCAUUACAGCAACAAAUAUCAGAUUCAAUGUUACUCCAUCGAGUAACACUGAUGGCAAAAAUGAUAUUAUCUUAAUGUGUUUUGUCCGCCAUGGUGCAAUGCCAUCAGUGACUCAUUAUGAUCAUUCCAUUGAUAUAGCUAAAACCCCCCUGAUUAUUCAUUCACCAUUAAUUGGUCGUUGGUACAUUAGUAUAGAACCAAUCAAUCUUACAAAGACUCAGGAGAACAAUGUAAGAGUUUGCUAUUCAGUGAAAUCUCAAGUGCUUCAAUGCCCACUUGGGAAAGCUGGACCGAAUUGUACAAUGGAUAGCUACUUGCUUCAGACAUUUGUAAGGAGAGGUUCAACCCCCUUUGAAUCAUAUUAUUUACCAGUUGGUGGAGGAGCAUCUUAUGAUUCUGCCAAUUUUCCUCUUGAGCCACUUUUAAAAAACUCAUCAUACAUUGGAGAACCUGAUAACAUUUGGACUUACUUUCUUAUGGACAUUCCUCGUGGUGCAGCUGGAGGAAAUAUUCACGUACAACUAUCCUCAGAUAUGAAGAUCGGUUAUGAAGUGUAUGCUAGAUUUGGUGGAUUACCAUCUCUUGAUAGCUGGGACUAUUAUUAUGCUAACAAGACAAGGAGAAGUGAUACAUCUAUGUUUUUCACGUUAUAUGAUUCAAGUGAUGACAAAGUUAACUUUUAUAUUAUGUAUGCUAGAGAAGGAACUUGGGGUUUUGGUCUAAGACAUCUUAGUGAUCUUAAUAGCAGCAGUGAUUCCAUGAAAGGGCCAACUAUCAUGUCCCUUUCACUUGAGCGAUGCCCAAAACGAUGUUCCUCUCACGGAGACUGUAAAUUUGCUUUUGAUGCUAGUGGAUUGACAUCAUACAGCUUCUGCUCUUGUGAUCGAAACCAUGGAGGCUUUGACUGCAGCAUUGAAAUUGUAACACAUCAAGGGCAUGUGCGACAAUCAAUUUUUCUCAUUGUAUCAAAUGCUGCAGCCAUACUUCCUGCCUAUUGGGCCCUUCGGCAGAAGGCAUUGGCAGAAUGGGUUUUAUACACAUCCAGUGGAAUUUCAAGUGGACUAUAUCAUGCAUGUGACGUAGGUACUUGGUGUGCAUUGAACUAUAAUGUCUUACAGUUCAUGGAUUUCUGGCUCUCUUUCAUGGCUGUGAUUAGCACUUUUCUUUAUCUAGCUACAAUUGAUGAAGUAUUUAAGAGGGCAAUUCACACAGCAGUUGCUAUCCUUACUGCCCUAAUGGCUGCAACUAAAGCAACCAGGGCUUCCAAUGUUGUUCUUGUGAUUGUGAUUGGUGGUCUUGGUCUCCUUAUUGGAUGGUUGAUAGAGAUCUUAACAAAGUGUAGGUCCCUUUCCUUUCCAAUUGGAGUCUCACUUAAUUUCUCUCACUGUUUCCAAACUAUAAAGCGAUGGCUCUAUAAUCUUGUUGUGACACUUUUGAGACGUUACCAUUGGGCUUUUGCCUUAGCUGGUUUUACUGCAUUGGCCAUGGCAGCAAUAAGCUGGACACUUGAAACCAGUGAAACCUACUGGUUUUGGCAUAGCAUUUGGCAUAUUACAAUAUACACUUCUUCCUUCUUCUUCCUUUGUUCAAAAGCAAAUAUUGAGGAUAGUGAGAAUCAACUUCCGACAAGUGGAAACUAUGAAUUGACUCAUCAAGAUUCACUUCCAAGAAGUGGUUAGAGUAAGUAAAUGGAAUAGGUGGGUGUAAAAAGGGGAUAUAGGUUGAUCAGAUUUUAACAUUUGAGUAAUGAUAUAUGGACAACCACAUAGUGCAUACACCCAAUUAACACCCUUCCCAUCACAUCACUAAUCACAUUUACCCUUCUCUCUCUCUUAUCUCUUUUUCUCUCUGGGUGUAGAUUGGUUUGGUGUCCAUGGAUCAUUUUUGUUGACAUAUUUUGUGUUUGAGGUGAGUUCAUGUGAAGGUGGCACAAGAAUGUGUGUCUACCGCUAUUGAAUUUUGUUGCUAAUAUCAAUGAUCAAGCAAAGCAGUCUCUUGUAAAUUCUUGUCAGUAUAAGGUUCAUUUCUACCAUUCUUUGUAGGAUAAUUUUUGCAUGAUUGUGUCUGAUGAAGAAUCAAACUAGGGAUAAUUUUUUGUCAUGGUACAGAGGUGCUUUGUUUAUGUAAUUAUAAUUUAGAAGAUAAGUUAUUUUGGAGCUGUAAUGCAUCUGAUAAAAGUAACUCAAUAUGACGGAUAUAUUUAUGAAAAUUAAUAGUGAGCUAUGUCUAAAUUUUUA